UUGUUUUAGCACACCAAAGUGGUUUAAUACAGUAUGCUUUCAGAUAUUGUACUUUGAUUAUAAUGUAGUUUUAUAGUUAGAAUGAUAUUUACACGGGGAGCUUACUUGAUUAGGUAUAAGCAGCUGAUCCUCGGUCUGUUUAGUCAUUUAAGCAUGAAGGAAAAGAUUUAAGUAAUAAAAAUGACAAUUACACACGAUUUGGUGUUGUGUUCCCUUGUUCAUGUGUCCAGUUGGGUGUACUGUAUGUGCUGAUGCUGGAGCCCUAGCAUCAUUGGAGGUCAGAAAGGGCAAAAGAGGAGACUUGAUGAACAAGUUAGUAGGUGUGCUCCUUAAAUUUAGGCAAGAGCAAGUCGCUUUUAUGGCCGACAUUGAAGGAAUGUUUCAUCCAUCAGGUGCAUGUGACCCCUAAAAGAUAGAGAUGUUCUACGCUUUGUGUGGUGGGCAGGGAGAUCGCACAUUCAAAUGUACAGUAUGACUACACAGUUUGUUUGAAGGAGUGUGGAGUCCCAGCUAUGCAAACUUUGCUUUGCAGCGCACUGUGAACAACAACGCAAAGGAGUUUGAAGUCCAAAUUACAGUUGCUGUAAUAGCAACAAAAUAACAACAAACUACAGAUCGAUCAGUGAGUUCACUGAAAAAGUUGAACAUUGGAGCAUGUACGUACACAGUCUUGACAAAUACUUCGCAGCCAAUGAAAUCACCGACCCAGGUUUAUUUAAAUUUAAGUUUCUGUAACUUUCUGGCAAUCACUCACUGUUAGCACCUUUAUGCGAAGUUACAACGUGAUACAAGGAUUUCUUGCCUAUUUACCACGAUUUACGCCUUAAUUUUGACUAUGAGAACUUAUAUUCGGAAAACUAAUCAUGGGGAAGAUGCAGACCUCAUCAAACGUGCUGUUUACAUUGUAUUGACUGAACAAAGGAGUGUUCGUGAUGUUGCAGCUGAUCUUGGUGUUUCUAAAUCUACCUUAGCCAGACAUGUAAAAAAAUUAAAAUCUGAUAAGCAAAUGGACAGAAUUGAAGAUGUCUCUGCCAUGGUUGAAAAGCAUCAUGUUGGUUACACAAAGAUGCGUCAAGUAUUCACUGACCAGCAAGAAAGGGAGCUGGUCAGCUACAUUAAGCGUGCUGCAUCUGUAUUCUUUGGUUUGACACCUGAUGAAAUUAGGAAGUUGGCAUAUGAAUGCACCAUUACAUACAACAUUACAAGGCCUAGUUCAUGGAUUGAAAGGGAAAAGGCUGGGAAAGAUUGGUUCACUGGGUUUAUGAAGAGGAAUGAAGACAUAAGUAUUCGGCAGCCGGAAGCAACCAGUCUUGGAAGGGCAAUUGCAUUCAACCGGCAUAAUGUCACAAUGUUUUUUGACAAGUUGUCAAGUGUGCUUGAUAGAUACAAGUUUGCAGCAGUUGACAUAUGGAACUUAGAUGAAACUGCAGUGACAACUGUGCAAAAGCCUAGCAAGAUAGUGUAAAGAAAGAUGAGCGCCAAGUUGGAGCUAUUACAACGGCAGAAAGAGGAACACUGGUAACUUUAUGUGAAGCAGUCAACGCGAUUGGAAAUGCCAUCCCACCGCAAUUUGUAUUUCCUCGCGUACACUUCAAGGAUCAUUUCAUUCGAGAUGGACCACCGGGUUGUAUUGGUACUGCCAACCGAUCAGGUUGGAUGACGGAAGUUGAUUUCCUGGUGUUCAUUAAUCAGUUUAUAAAGCAUGUCCGUCCAUCAAAGACGCAUUCAGUUCUACUUCUGCUGGAUAACCAUGCUUCGCAUGUCGCUGUUAGUGUAAUAAACCUAGCCAAAGAAAAUGGCAUAAUCAUGCUAUCUUUCCCCCCACACACAUCUCAAAAACUUCAACCAUUAGACCGGGGUGUGUAUGGACCAUUUAAGACGGAUUUACACAGCACACAAGAUGCAUGGUGCAAGAACCAUCCUGGGCAGGCUAUGACGAUUUAUGACUUUACCAAAGGCAAAUGCUGCGGACAACAUAGUCAGCGGAUUCAAAGUAUCUGGUAUUUGUCCUUUCGACAGGAAUAUUUUCAAGGACAAUGAGUUUGCUCCUUCUGAGACGACCGAUCGUGCCAACGCAAAUGAAACACAUGUCGAUCAAGUAGCAAGAGGAAGAUGAUCAAGAAUGGUUAUGUUUGGUAUGCGAGGAAAGUUACGAAGACAGUCGUAGCAAUAAAAUAUUGAUGGCUUCUAUCGCAAUCUAAAAGAUUCUCUAGGUCCUAGCUAAUUUUACCUUCGAUAAAAAACGAAUUAUUUUAAUCGCUAGCUAGCAUUCUUCCAUUUAACAAAAUAUUGUUUUAAUUUCAUUAAAACGUCUGUAUACUUUAUGGACCUUUCUGUCCUGUUGUUUACAUACACUUCGCGAAAAUCUAGCUUCGCGGUGUCAAAUAAGUUGCUGACUUCCACACACUUUUUUAUUUCGUCAUCGUAAACAUGUGCGCUUAUUAUAACGACUGGCGUUGGUCGUAGUUCGUUGAAACUUAAUUAGUAGCGACUAUUAUAGCAGAAAUGGGAAAGAUUGAAUCGUCAAUAAAUAAAUACAACAAAUCUGAUUUUAUUAUUAAGAAAAAUAUACAU